GGUCAGUGUGUCCGGGUAGGUCUAAGUGGUGAGGAGUGGGACGUUGUCGUGCACCUAACACCAUGAUGGAUGACUAUCCGAUGUAUUGUUUGCUUGUUGGGUUCUCCCUUUGGGGGACCCUCUGGCGUCUCCUCUUUCCUUUGGGUUUCUGGCCCACUUUCACGUGUAGAGUAGGGCCCACUCGUGGCGGUACUUCCACCACGCCAUACACGAAGGAGGAGGAGGAGAAGAUGGCCCCCAUCUUGAAGGAGAGGAAGGAGAAGAAGGAGGCCAAGAGGAAGGCCUUGAAGGAGGAGCAGGCAGUCAAAUUGAAGAAGAUAGAAGAAGAGAUGGCCAGGGAGAAAGAGAGGUUGAAAAAGGAAGAAGAUGAGAAGUUGAAGGAGGUGGAUGAAGAAGAGGAAGGACCGCCACUGCAAAGGAAGAGUGGGCAAAAUAGUGGCAGCUGCGGUAAUGAGAUGGAGAAGAAGAUUUCGGAGUGGGUCGCCAACUUAUCCCUGGGCGAGGAAGAAGAGGUAAUGAUGUACAUCCCAAAGGAUGACCAAGAGGCUGCCAUGAAGGUUUGGGAUGCAGAGAAAGACCGUCUUAGGCGACAGGCACUGGAGGAUCAACAGAGGAUGGAGUGGAAACUUGCCAUGAUGAGGGAGAAGAAGAGAAGGGUGGAUGCGGCGAGUGAAGCGGUCAAAGAGUUGGAAGAGGUGCAGAAAGGUCAUCUCAGGCAAGUCUUGGAGAAGCUGAGGGAAGCUAACUUCAAGAUUAAUGCAAAGAAGUGCGAUUGGGCAAAAACCCAAGUUUUGUACUUAGGCCACGUCUUAGACGGAGACGGCGUCAAACCAGAGGAUAGCAAGAUCGUAGCGAUUAGAGAUUGGCCCAUGCCACGUACGUUGACAGAGUUGUGCUCGUUCCUGGGCUUAGCUAACUACUACCGGAAGUUCGUGAGGAACUUCUCCACCAUCGCUGCGCCCCUUCGCAAAUUGUUGAGGAAGGAAACGAUCUGGAAGUGGGAUAAGAACUGCACAUCUGCCAUGAAAAAGUUAAAGCAGGCAUUGAUAGAGUAUCCAGUCCUUAAAGUCGUCGACUCGUCCUUGCCCUUUAUCGUCACGACCAGCAUAGGCGUAGUGUUACAGCAAGACGAUGGCAAUGGGUAUAGACCCGUAGAGUUCAUGUCCGCCAGAAUGCCUUCAGAGAAGGUCGCGACAUCUACCUACGAGAGGGAACUCUACGCUCUCAAGCAAGCGUUAGACCACUGGAAGCAUUACUUGCUUGGGAGGCACUUCAAAGUCUAUUCUGACCAUGAAACGUUACGAUGGUUAAAGACGCAGGCCAAGAUGACACCUAAGCUGACUAGGUGGGCCGCAGAGAUAGAUCAGUACGACUUCGAGCUCAAGUCUGUCAAAGGGAAGUACAACGUAGUCGCGGAUGUUCAAAGUAGAAGGGCUGAUUACUUUGGGGCAAUAGUACACUACCUCGAUAUAGGGAAGGAUCUGCAGGAGAAGGUUAGAGAAGCCUACACGCAGGACCCUAUCUACAGUGAUCUCCUUAAGAAGGUCAAGGAGGCCCCAGAGACUGAACCGAACUACCGCACCACCGAAGGGUUGCUUUUCGAGAAGACUAAUGUUUUUGACCGGCUGUGCAUGCCCAAUAGCGAAGAGUUCCGAAAUCUGAUUUCGGGGGAAUGCCACGACACAGAGGGUCAUUUCGGUUGGCAAAAGACUUUAGCCAAUCUGAUGCGCGCGUAUACCUGGUCAGGAAUGAAGAAUGAUUGCGUAGAGUAUGUCCGCAGUUGUAAAGUUUGCCAGUGUAACAAGAGUUCUACGCGCGCCCCGCUAGGUCUUCUCCGACCCUUGCCCAUUCCGGACCAGCCGGGAGACUCAGUGUCCAUUGACUUCAUGGACACUCAAGUCAAGAGCAGGCAUGGCAAGAGCCAAGUCAUGGUCGUAGUUGACCGUUUUAGUAAGUACGCAGUUUUUGUUCCUCUACCUUCAGAGGCGCAUACUGAUUUAGUCAUACAGAGGUUUUUCGACUGUUGGGCUUUACUAGCCAGAACUGGCAAGAACUCAUGGGAGUGUAUGGAUCUAAGUUGUUGAUGUCGUCCGGCCGUCAUCCAGAGACUAACGGUCAGACAGAGCAGAUGAACAAGAUCCUACAGCAAGUUCUGCGCAUGUACAUUAGGCCAGAUCAGAUAAACUGGGAUGAGAUGU